UUCUUGUCAAGAUUCGAUGUGAGCAGCCUUCGUGCGAUUUAGAAACCCUGACGGUGCCGAAGGAGCCCCUACUGACAUACAGAUUCAAGGUCUUCCUCUUCGAUUGUGACGGUUCGUUCACGUUUUCUAAUCAUAUACAUUUCAUCUGGACCAUACCAGACUAUUGUACCUCUGUCAGAGACUGCUCCAAAUUUCAGGUUCGCUAAUUAUGCAGAAGGAUAGGCGUCCUUUGGUCUGGUGACCACAUGUUCGACAAUGUUCCCCAGACCCUAGAAAUGCUCAGGAGCAAAGGCAAGCAGUUGGUGUUUGUGACGAACAACAGCACAAAGUCGCGCGCCGAUUACAAGAAGAAGUUUGACAAACUGGGAAUACCUGCCAAUGUGGACGAAGUCUUCGGCUCCUCGUACAGUGCCGCCGUGUAUAUCGCGCGUAUCCUCAAGCUUCCGGGCCCCAAGAACAAGGUGUUUGUGCUGGGCGAGAGCGGCAUAGAGCAAGAGCUUGAAUCUGAAGGCGUGCCAUACUGCGGUGGAACCGAUCCCUCGCUUCGCCGGGAUAUGGAGCAGGAGGACUUCACAAACAUCGCGAAUGGGUCAAUGUUGGAUCCAGACGUUGGCAUCGUUCUGAGCGGCCUGGACUACCACAUGAACUACCUCAAGACUUCCAUCGCAUUCCAGUACAUCCAACGUGGCGCAAUGCACUUGGCUACAAAUAUUGACAGCACACUGCCUCAAGCCCACAGUUUCUUCCCGGGUGCCGGAGCAAGCAGCGCGGCACUUGUCAAGGCCGUCGGCAAGGGAGAGCCUACCUCGUUUGGAAAACCAAGCCAAGCGAUGAUGGAUGCCAUUGAGGGCAAGUUCCAGUUCGACCGUAGCAGGACUUGCAUGAUUGGAGAUAGGCUGAACACCGAUAUUCAGUUUGGUAUUGACGGCAAGCUGGGUGGUACUCUAGCGGUUUUGACCGGGGUGAGCAAGAAGGAGGAGUUCCUGGCAGACGGUGCAAAGACUGUGCCUACUGCAUACGUUGACGCGUUGAGUGAUCUCUUGGGAUAG